AUGAGGAUGGACCAUGAUGAUGUUGCUUGGGAUCGAUGUGAUGAGGUACUCGAAGAGUUCAAGGCAAAGGCCUCAACUCCUGAUGUUCUACGGGCAGUUACCGAGUUCAUGAAAAGCCAUCGACCCAAUACGAAAGCGACUGACCGCGCCCGAAUUGCAGGCAUGGGAGCAUUCAACUUGUGUUUCCGGAUGGAAUUCGAGGACGGCUUUGCCUCUCUGCUACGCUUUCCUUGCCAUGGACAUGUCGCUUUUCCAGAAGAAAAGGUCCGAAACGAAGUCGCGAUUCCUGUUCCUAGUGUCAUCAGUUACGGCAUGAAAGAAGGCGAGAGCCCUGGCAGUCUGGGGCCUUUUAUCUUGAUGGAGUACAUUGCAAACGCUUCUAAUCUCACAACACAAUUACGAGCUCCAGGCUAUCAAAGAAGCGAUCGUCCGUUCCUGGAUCCUAAUAUCGAGGAGUCCAAGCUCGAGUUCUUCUACGGCCAAAUAGCCGAUAUCCUCUUGGAGCUCUCCAAGCCCUCCUUUGAGCGAAUCGGUUCCAUGGCAAUUGAUACGUGGGCUACCGAUAGCAGACCGUUGACAAUGAACAUGAAUGAGCUAGUCCAAUUGGGAAACUUUCCUCCUACAAUGCUCCCACAAUCGUCAUUUGCAACCGCUUCAUCUUAUUACAAGAGUCUGGCCAAGACCGAGAUUCUGCACUUACAAACUCAACAGAAUGAUGCCAUUGACUCUAAAGAAGACUGCUGUUCAAAGUAUAUCGCAAGGAAACUUGUGUGUGGCUUGGCAGAAGAGUCCCGACUCCUUGAUAUCAGUAAUGACACUGGUCCAUUCAAGCUCUUCUGCGACGAUCUUCGUCCGUCCAAUAUCUUGCUCGACGACAAUAUGCAAAUUACUGCUGAAUGGCCACAGGGUAUGCUGGAUUGGAAAGAGAAAUACCAACCCCGGCUUGAAACAUUCCUUCGAGUGCUCAAAGAUCGUGAGGAUAGCGCCGUAGCAAGUGGCAAUUUGGUGGAAGACCAGCGGCUCUCAGGAAAGAUGUGGCAGAGUUGGAUUAAUGGAGACUUUUGGGUCCAUUAUGGCUUACGAAAGAGCUGGGCUUUUGAUGUCGUUUGGCCGAUGAUGGAUGCGAGGUUCUUUGGUGGGGAUACGUCUCUUGAGGACCGUGAUAAACUGUUGUGUCCAAAGAGGUUGGACUUCCUGAGUGCUGAAGACAAGGGGGCAAUGGAGCCUUUUGCUCAGGAAAAGUUGAAGCAGAUGAAGCUGCGAAAGUUGGAUACUUGGGAUGAUAUUUAAAGUGCUUGUCUCUUGCUUGGAGGUAAGACUUGGG